CCCCGGCGGCAUGGAGGGGCCGCGUUCUUGACGGCCGUGCCGCCGCCCGGGCUCUCGGCUCCUCCCGCCGCCCCCGCUCCCUCGCUCGCAUGUCCGCGCCGCCGUAGCCGAGGAUGCUGAGGAUGAAGCUGCCGCCGAAGUCGACGCACCCCAGCGAGCCGCCACCCGACGCGGAGGAGCCCGAGGCGGACGCGAGGCCGGGCGCGAAGGCGCCGCUGCGCCGCCGCCGCGAUUGCCGCCCGCCGCCGCCGCCGCCGCCCACGGGCCUGUCGCGGGGCCCCCCUCCGCCGCCGCCGCCGUCGCCGCCGCCCCGGGGGCUCGAGCCGCCUGUUGCUGACGGGCCGACGGCGGGCGCGGGCAUGCCGGGCGGCGGCGGGCACGCGGCGGCGCUGCGCGAGCAGGAGCGGGUGUACGAGUGGUUCGGGCUGGUGCUGGGCUCGGCGCAGCGCCUGGAGUUCGUGUGCGGGCUGCUGGACCUGUGCAACCCGCUGGAGCUGCGCUUUCUCGGCUCGUGCCUGGAGGACCUGGCGCGCAAGGACUACCACUACCUGCGCGACUCCGAGGCCAAGGCCAACGGCCUCUCGGACCCAGGGUCGCUGUCCGACUUCCGAGAUCCCGCCGUGCGUUCGCGCCUCAUCGUUUACCUGGCGCUGCUGGGCUCGGAGAACCGGGAGGCCGCCGGCCGCCUGCACCGCCUCCUGCCCCAGGUGGACGCGGUGCUCAGGAGCCUGCGCGCCACUGGGGCCGAGGGCUCGCGGGGCAGCGUGGAGGACGAGCCGGGUGGCGAUGGCGAGCAGGACGCGGAGAAGGACGGCCUCGGCCCGGAAGGCGGCGGCUGUGCCGAGCUGGGGACUGGAGGCGGGCUUGGCUUCAGGGCCCAGGAGGAACUGCUGCUGCUCUUCACCAUGGCUUCGCUGCACCCGGCUUUCUCCUUCCACCAGCGGGUCACCCUGAGGGAGCACCUGGAGAGGCUCCGCAGCGCGCUCCGCGUGGAGCCCGAGGACGCGGAGGUGGAGCCGUGCAACUUUGCGGGCUCCGGGGCGCAGAACGACUCUGCUUGUGGUGAUUAUAUACAGAGUAAUGAGGCUGGCUUAGAACAAGCCCAAAUACCUCAAGGUGGACUCACCGUGGCCCCUCACAGAGCUCAGCGGGAAGCUGUACACAUUGAGAAGAUAAUGUUGAAAGGAGUCCAGAGAAAGAGGGCUGACAAAUAUUGGGAGUACACUUUCAAAGUAAAUUGGUCUGACCUUUCAGUCACAACAGUAACAAAAACCUACCAAGAGCUACAGGAAUUUCUACUGAAGCUUCCAAAGGAAUUGUCUUCUGAGACUUUUGACAAGACCAUCUUAAGAGCCCUGAAUCAGGGUUCUUUAAAAAGGGAAGAGCGGCGACACCCUGACCUGGAGCCCAUCCUAAGGCAGCUAUUUUCAACUUCGUCCCAGGCUUUUCUUCAGAGUCAGAAAGUACGCAGCUUUUUCCGGUCACUAUCCUCGGAGUCUCAACACAGCCUCAAUAACUUACAGUCCUCUCUGAAGACUUCUAAGAUAUUAGAACACUUAAAAGAAGACAGCUCAGAAGCUUCAAGUCAAGAAGAAGAUGUGUUACAGCACACCAUAAUCCACAAGAAACACGCUGGGAAGAGCCCCGCUGGGAACAGUGUUGGUACGAGCUGUUCUCCGUUGGAUGGGCUUACCUUGCAGUAUGCAGAACAGAAUGGAACUGUGGAUUGGAGGAACCAAGGCUGUGCCACCAUCCAGCACCCAGAGCCCUGUGUGGCCUCGGCUGACCAGCACUCUGCUGAAAAACGGAGCUUAUCUUCAGUAAAUAAGAAGAAAGGGAAGCCACAGAUAGAAAAGGAGAAAAUUAAGAAAACGGAGAACAGAUUGAGCAGUAGAAUAAAUGGUGUUAGACUCUCUGCUCCUCAGCACGCUCAUGGCAGUCCUGGGAAAGAUAUGAAUUUGGACAUUGGAUCUGGACAUGACACAUGUGGAGAAACAUCUUCAGAGAGUUACAGUUCUCCGUCUAGUCCACGACAUGAUGGAAGAGAAAGUUUUGAAAGUGAAGAAGAAAAGGACAGAGACACUGACAGCAAUUCUGAAGAUUCUGGGAGCCCAUCAGCAGCCAGGUUUACAGAUUAUGGCUCUGUCAACCAGACUGUCACUGUCAAGCCACCUGUUCAGAUUGUCUCCCUGGGGACCGAGAAUGGAAGCCUUUUAGAAGCCCCACUGACCUCACACAAGUAUCCGCAUAUUCCCUUUAUGCCAACUCUACACUGUGUCAUGCACAAUGGUGCCCAGAAGUCAGAAGUUGUCAUUCCUUCACCCAAAUCUGCAGAUGGCAAAGCAAUAGGGAUGCUUGUUCCUAACCCUAUGGCGAUUUCUACAGUGAUGGAGUCCACAAAUUCAAGCCCUGUUGGAAUCCUAGGCCCCUCAGCUUCUGGAGAAUCAGAGAAACACCUGGAAUUGUUGGCUUCCCCUUUACCUAUCCCAUCCUCCUUCCUUCCACACAGUAGUACUCCUGCUUUGCAGCUAACCUUGCAGAGACUAAAAUUGCCACCACCACAGGGAUCGUCUGAGAGUUGCACAGUUACUAUUCCACAACAGCCAAGCGGAAGUCUGAGCAUUGGAUCACCAAACACUGCCUUUAUUCCUGUCCAUAACCCAGGUAGUUUCCCGGGAUCUCCUGUGGCUACCACGGACCCCAUCACAAAAUCUGCAUCCCAACUGGUAGGACUAAAUCAAAUGGUGCCUCAGAUUGAGGGAAACCCAGGAACAGUCCCUCAGCCUACCAAUGUGAAGGUAGUUCUUCCAGCGGCUGGCCUCUCAGCUGCACAGCCACCAGCUUCCUACACCUUUCCAGGCUCACCCCUUGCUGCCAGUGUGCUACCCACCCAGAAUUCUAGUGUGCUCAACACAGCCACUUCUGCCCAGCCAACGGGUGCAGGCAUCAGUCAAGCCCAGUCCACAGUUCCUCCUGCUGUUCCUACCCACACCCCGGGCCCUGCCCCAAGCCCCAGCCCCGCCUUGACACACAGUACUGCUCAGAGCGAUAGCACAUCUUACAUCAAUGCUGUGGGGAACACGAACGCUAAUGGGACCCUAGUGCCACCACAGCAGAUGGGCUCAGGUCCUUGUGGUUCGUGUGGGCGAAGGUGCAGCUGUGGGACCAAUGGAAACCUUCAGCUAAGUAGUUACUAUUAUCCCAAUCCGAUGCCUGGACCAGUGUACCGAGUCCCAUCAUUCUUUACUCUGCCAUCCAUUUGCAAUGGCAGCUACCUCAACCAAGCACAUCAGAGCAAUGGGAACCAACUUCCUUUUUUUCUGCCUCAGACUCCAUAUGCAAAUGGACUGGUGCAUGACCCAGUCAUGGGGAGCCAAGCCAACUAUGGCAUGCAGCAGAUGGCAGGAUUUGGGAGAUUGUACCCUGUAUAUCCAGCACCUAAUGUAGUUGCCAACACCAGUGGUUCUGGGCCCAAGAAGAAUGGGAAUGUCUCAUGUUACAAUUGUGGUGUGAGCGGACAUUAUGCACAGGACUGUAAGCAGUCAUCCAUGGAGGCCAGUCAACAAGGCACUUACAGACUGAGAUACGCACCUCCCCUCCCCCCUUCUAAUGAUACGUUGGAUUCUGCAGACUGAACGAGUAAAGCUUGCCUACUUAAUGCACUCAAGUGUGGGGAGUCAUGGGGUGUGGAGGGGAGGAAAGGAAAGGUAUUUUGUUUCUUUGUACAUUUCCUAAAUUUCUAUGCAGUUGGGCGUUUUCAUUUCUCUUGUACCAAUGUCCAAAAUAAGAAAGAAUGCGAUGCUCCUGAGCCUCUGGUCCCCUGGUUCCACAGCAGGCUUGUAUGAUAUGUGUAACUUAAAUUUCAGACAGACUUUCGAACAAACAAUAUUGAUGUGUGCUUUUUUACACUGAA